GCUCAAACCUGGGUGGAAGAUUCGGGGAACGGGAAGAUUUUACUGGGUAGGUAGGUAUGCUUCGGAGAGAAGUGAGAAAUGGCUGGAAAAUUCACUUUUACUUCUAUUUCUGCCUGCUAGUGGAAUUAUUACUAUAUUAUCUCGGUUCAGUUUUGCUGUGCUGUGCUGCUGCUCAACUGCUUCGCUUCUUCUCUGCCCUCCAAAACCACAUCCAAACGCAACCUCACGAUCUCACAACAACAACAACCACAAUUUCGCAAUUCUUGCAAUUUAGCUUGCGCAUCCAAGGAUAUCUCCUCAAAGAAGCAUCAAUUCGAAAAGAAAUCAUUUCCCUUACUACAAAAAUCAGCACUCGCAAAUAUGACAACUUUGACUUUGUCCGCGAAGGAGACGGAGAUGCUUGUAGCUGUGAUGUCUGAGAUGGGGGAGAUUCCUAGCAAUAUUAACUUUGACCGUGUCGCCGCUCGAGUUAAGGUCAAGUUUGCCAAAAAUGCGCGCCAAAGUUUUAAGAAGCUGUUUGAGAAGUUAAAGGAUCAAGCCGGACCUUCUCCAGAUGACGAGGAUGGUGCUACCCCUCCCAAGACCCCCUCUCCCACCAAGAAAACUUCUCCAAAGAAGAAGGUUGGCCCAAAGAACGCUCCCAUCAAAGCCACCCCUAAGCCCAGAGGAAAGAAGGGCACAGUCAAGAAGGAAGUCAAGGAGGAAGAGGUUGAUAGUGGUGACGAGUUAGCAGAGCCAGUAUUGGACGACGAAGACGGCAAGUCACCAGAACAUAUUCCUUCCCUCAAAGCAAAAAGUCUUGGAAAGAACUCCGUUGUCGGCUCGUCUACUGGAUCUUCUGAAAGUCUUCAGAUUUCAGAUGAGGUUGCUAAGAUGUCUGUCGUCGAAGCCGAAGAGACAUUCUCUACUUUCGUUGAAGAGAGUCCUGUUGACGAGCAAGUUGAUCUCGAUGAACAACUCCUAGCUGCCCAAUCCAACAUAAGUGUUGAUGCUUAUCGACAUUGGAAGGCUCUCAAUGAUUACACAUUCCUGCAGAGUUCCUGA